AUGAGUGUGGUUGGGUUUGAUAUUGGGAAUGAGAACUGUGCUAUAGCAGUUGCAAAGCGUGGAGGGAUUGAUGUGGUGUUGAAUGAUGAAUCGAAGCGUGAGAUGCCUGCUGUGGUCUCAUUUGGUGAGAAGCAAAGGUUUUUGGGUUCUUCAGGGGCUGCGUUUGCUACUAAGUAUCCAAAGUCAACCAUUUCUCAGAUUAAGAGAUUAAUAGGAAGAGGAUAUAAGGAACCAAGCAUGCAAGAAGAGCUCAAGUUGCUACCUUUCGAGACCACUGAGGGCCCUCAUGGUGGUGUUUUGAUCCAUUUACAAUACUUGAAUAAGACAUGGACUUUUCAGCCUGUGGAGAUUUUGGGGAUGUUGCUUGCACAUCUGAAGGAAAUGACAGAGAAGAAUCUUGAUUCUCCUGUUGUAGACUGUGUUAAAGAUAUUUUUCCUUACUCGGUAGGAUUCAGGUUUGAUGAUGGUGAACACAAAAGACACCCAGAACUUACAGCUUUUCCAAAAGGCAGCCCAUUUCCAACCACUAAAACGGUUCCAUACCAUGGAAAUAUUACAUUUUGCUGUGAAGUUUUCUACACCAACAAGAUGGAUUUUCCUUCUGGAAUAUCACCUUUAGUUGGUCGUUUCAUGAUCAGUCCACAUCUAACAUCCGGUGAAAAAAGUGUGAAGGCCACGGUUAAAGUGCAGCUUAAUGCCCAUGGAAUUUUUGAAAUAAAAUCCGUAUCAUUUUUAGAAGUCAUACACCCUUUAUUUGAUUACUCUAAACUGUACUCGCUGAUGAUGAUGUUUGCCAACAAUCUUAUGAAGAAUGGUGCUGCUGGUUAUAAAACCACUGGUUCUACUUUGCAGAAUACACAUUCUGCUGUGGAACCAAGGAGCAGGGCUAGGGAGCAGAAGCUUUCAGUUUCUGAGAAUUAUCAUGUCAUGACAACGAUAGAUGAGAUGCACAAAGCUCAAAAGAGAGCACAGAUGUUUGCAGAUCAAGACAUAAAAGUGGAGAAAACGAAAGAAAAAAGAAAUACCCUUGAGUCUUUUAUCUAUGACACUCGUAGCAAGCUUUUUAGUUCCUUCCGGAGCAUGGCAACAGAUUCAGAGGUGGAGAUCAUUUCUAAAAGCCUGCAAGAAACUGAAGAGUGGCUAUAUGAAGAGGGUGAUGAUGAAUCUGAACAAGUCUAUAUCAGAAAACUUGAGCAUCUUGAAAAGUAUUUAGAUCCAAUUGAAAAUAGAUACACCGAUGAAAAGGUUAGACAAGAAACAACAAGAGCUCUGCAAACUUGUAUUCAAAAAAAUCAUUUGGCUGCAGACCUACUGCCUCCUAGUCAGAAAGAGGAGGUUAACAAUGAAUGCAUUCAAGCUGAGUGGUGGUUGAAUCAACUCUCUAAACUGCAAGAUUCAUUGCCCAAAAACGCCACUCGUAUAUACUGCUCGGGUUCCAUUAGUGGAAUCACACAAGCUUUCAAAAGGAGGUGUGAAGUCAUAUUUAGUUCCAAACUUCCACUGCCGAAGUUUGAGGAGCCUGUGGAGUCAGAUCGAAAGCAGAAUCCCAAUGUGAUGCAAGUCGAUAGUUGA